UGCAGGGGAGUGAUGGAGUUUGAAGGUAUCGGCGAGGAGUGCGGCGUGUUCGGCUGUGUGGCGGCCGGCACGUGGCCCACUCACUUGGACGUCCCGCAUGUUAUUACCCUGGGUCUGGUGGCGCUGCAACACAGAGGUCAGGAAAGUGCUGGAAUUGUGACAAGUAAUGGGAGUUCCUCACCAUUGUACAUGACACACAAGGGAAUGGGCCUUGUAAGCAGUAAUUUUCGUGAAGAACAAAUACAAAAGCUUCGCAGUGGAAAUCUGGGUAUAGGACAUACGCGAUAUUCUACAUCGGGUAUUUCUGAAUUACAGAACUGUCAACCAUUUGUGGUGGAAACACUUCAUGGAAAGAUUGCUUUAGCUCACAAUGGAGAAUUGGUCAAUGCAAAACAAUUAAGAAUGAAGGUACUACGUCAUGGGGUUGGCUUAUCAACCAGCUCUGACAGUGAGCUUAUUAUGCAACUUCUAGCUCUGACCCCACCAAAGGAAGAAGCCGAUACACCUGACUGGGUGGCCAGGAUUAGAAAUUUGAUGACUGCAACAUCUACCUCUUACUCAAUACUGCUUAUGUACAAAGAUGUAAUCUAUGCGUUCCGUGAUCCUUAUGGAAAUCGUCCCUUGUGCAUUGGCUGCCUUGUACCGGUUUCAAAGCUGCAGAGUUCAAGAGAACCAGAUAUUGAAACAGAACCUGAAGGAUGGGUGGUUUCUUCGGAAUCGUGUAGUUUCCAAUCUAUUGGAGCUAGAUAUCAUCGUGAAAUAUUACCAGGGGAAAUAGUACAAAUCUCUAAGAAUGGAAUCCAGACACUUGAUGUCGUACCAAGGGCUGGGGGUGAUCCGCCUGCAUUCUGUAUCUUUGAGUAUGUCUAUUUUGCCAGACCUGAUUCCAUUUUUGAAGGACAGAUGGUGUAUACAGUUAGGCAGCGUUGCGGGCGGCAACUUGCUAUUGAGGCACCUGUUGAUGCAGACUUAGUCAGCACAGUUCCAGAAUCAGCAACUCCAGCAGCACUUGGUUACGCACAAGAGGCAGGACUACCUUAUGUAGAAGUACUAUGUAAAAAUCGUUAUGUGGGCAGAACUUUCAUUCAACCAAAUACAAGAUUGCGUCAACUUGGAGUGGCACAGAAAUUUGGAACCUUGAGUGACAAUUUUGUUGGAAAACGGAUUGUGCUAAUAGAUGAUUCGAUUGUACGUGGAAAUACAAUUUCUCCAAUUAUUAAAGUCUUAAAGGAAGCCGGUGCCAAAGAGGUACACAUUCGUGUGGCUUCGCCUCCAAUACGAUUCCCUUGUUACAUGGGAAUCAACAUUCCAACAAAAGAAGAACUGAUUGCCAAUAAACCAGAAUUUGAAGAUCUUGCAGGAUAUAUAGGUGCGGAUAGCGUGGUUUAUCUCUCUGUUGAUGGACUGCUAUCUUCUGUACAACAGGGAAUUCAGAUGCAAACAAAUUCCAUACUAAAUAAUACAGGAAAUGACAAAAAAUCAGUGAGGCAAAUGGGUCACUGUACAGCCUGUCUCACAGGAAAGUAUCCCGUGGAGCUUGAAUGGUAAAGUUGCUUAUGUAGUUAUUAUUCAGUACAUUUAUUUUUGCAGAUUUUUUUAAUUUCCUCAAAGAAUGUGCUCAGGUUAGCAUCUACAUCAAAGAAUGUGCUCAACAUCUCAAUAUCUUUUGUCACUGUCAGUUGAAUGUUUUUAUUCACCUUCCAGGUAAUUCCAACCAUUCUUGGUGGUGCCAGAAUUAUUUACAUUAUGCACACACAAAUCUGUAUCCUCAGUUACAUCCUCCUUGCACUUCUAUACUACCUAGGCUGAGUGCAUCACAUCAUUGUAAAAUUUUUACAGAUCUUGCUUGUUUCAGGAGAAUGGAUUUAUUUGAAGUCACUCUAUCAACAAAGAACUGCAAUUUCAGUUGUCUUAAAUAUUUUAGAAAUUAUGGCAUAAAAAUUAUUAAACUUACAGAGCAACUCAAGUUUGGAAUGAUCUUGGAUAAUGCUUGUAUAUAUUUUACCUUCAUUGUUUUGUUUCAAUUUCUAAUGGUCACAUAUUGCAAUAUAGCUUGUCAUGGAUACUAAUGGGAGGAUAGAAACUAGGUGCAGGAGUAGGCCAAUCUGCCCUUCGAGCCUGCACCGCCAUUCAAUAUGAUCAUGGCUGAUCAUCCAACUUAGUAUCUUGUACCUGCCUUCUCU